CCCCAAAAAAACUGUCGAAAACAGAGAGCAAAAAAUCGAGGAAGAAGAAAGAGAAGCGCAGAGAGAUAGAGAGAGAAAGGAAGUAUCAGUGAUCGAUGGGUGAAGUGGUGAUAUAUGUGGAGAAUUAUGGCUAUGAAUCAGGGAGUGAGGCUAUAUGUUUUUGUAGAAUCUGCCAUGAAGCAGAGUUUGAAAGCUCCAACUCCAUGGAAGCUCCUUGUGGAUGUUCUGGAACCGUUAAGUUUGCGCACAGAGAUUGCAUACAGAGAUGGUGCAAUGAAAAGGGAAACACAAUCUGUGAAAUUUGUUUACAGAAGUAUGAGCCUGGCUAUACGGCUCCACCGCCUAAAAUGGUCCACUUGGUUGAUGCAACAACAACUGGGACAAUUAGGGGGAGAAUGGAGAUUCCAAUGAUAGAUGCGGAUGAAGAAAAUGGAGAAGAGCACCAAAAUGUGGAAACCACAAAUUAUUCACAGUGCUCAUCAGAUGCACAUCGCACCAGGACUGCCUCUUGCUGUAGAUCAAUGGCCCUCAUUUUCACAUUCUUGCUUCUGGUAAGACAUGUGUACGAGUUGGUGGGUGAAGGAGCAAAAGAUUAUCCCUUUUCACUCUCCACGCUUUUGAUUUUAAAGGCCAGCGGUAUAUUCCUGCCAAUGUAUGUGCUUGUCCGGAUACUCACCCUAAUCCAGAACAGUAUCCACCACGAACACCAACACUCGUACUUGGAUUCUGAAGACAGUUAGCGAUGGUUUUGCACGCUGUCGAUAAGAAGAAGUGAAUUUUAGUGGAUAUAUGACUGUUUCAUUUGUAUGUAGCUUUAAUUAUAUACUGGAGCACAAUGUUUAUUGCUCCUCCAUCCCCAUUCAAUAUUCAAGGUGUGUUAUUCAUUUGUUAUCUAAUAGUUAAUCUUUUUUUCAUUCAUCAUCAUAUUGUAAUUAUUAUUUUAUAUUAUAAUAACAAUAAACAUAUCUGAGUAUGUUUUGAAUA